GCUGACGGUAGCCUGCGAAGUUUGUUUUGGUUUGUUCAUAUGGUUUGUUUUGAUGGUGCUUUGGGGAUUUCUCGCUGCAAACAGCUGAUGUGAUGCAUUGCCGCUGCUGCCUUUCCUCUUGUCCAAAUAUGUGAGACCGUUGCUAGGCGUCCCCGUGCAUAUAACUUGCGGGAUCAAAUUGGCGCCUUGCAGCGAGGCGCAUUCCAGAAACCAUGGCCGCGCCGGAGACGUCGUCGUUCGAGGCGCUGCCAACCGAAAUUCUCUUCAAGAUAUUUUCUUUACUGGACGCCCAGUUCAUUGACCAAGUAAUCGGAAAGCUGUGCACUCGUUUUGCGCUGGUGCUCAGCGAUCCCAGCUUUUGGCAAGCAAAGCUGGUCACUACGUGGCCCAAGCCGUACCCUGUACCAGCAGAUGAGAACUUCGACUGGAAAGAAGCAUGCGUUCAAAGGGAGCGGCACUUCAACCAGUGGACCAACUGGGAGGAUGAGAUGAAAUCCAUUCGUAUUGCUGACGCACACAUAGGGCUGAUACACUCAGUCCUGUUGAUGAAUGGUGGGUCAUUGUGUGUCACUGGGUCUCGUGAUCGAGAUCUAAAAGUUUGGGAUGUCAGGGACCGGGACAGAGCUACGGAAGGGGAAGGCCUUCCCCUUCAUACGGCCACUGACGCGCAUGAGGGUUGGAUUUGGGCGCUGCACUGUGUAGGCAACAAGCUGCUCACCAGUUCUUUUGACAGCACCCUCAAGCUGUGGGACGUUGAGUGUGGACUCCGCGAACUCAAAUGCUUCACUGUCAAGGCACCAGUGUUGACGAUCUGUAGCUCUGGCGGGGAAUUCGUCCUCGGCAGCUCUGAUGGGGUCAUGUACCGGUAUGACUUCCGAGAAUCAAGAGAGCCAUUGCGAUAUUGUGCUGCCCGGGGCGUCAUCACCUGUAUGGCUGCCGAUGACCAAACAAUCUUGGCAGGCACCAAUGCGGCAGGACUGUAUGCCAUUGAUCGUCGUGUGAGGAAGUUCAGGCCCGACUUGGCCAUGCGUUUCAAGCACAGCUCUGUGACUGCCCUGUCUUUUGAUUCGCGCCAGCUAUGGAUGGGAAUGGGGAAUGGGACCAUUUAUACAGUCGAUAUGACAUCGAGUCCUUCCAAGAUUAUCCAGACUGUAGACGUGCCUCCAUCAGAACCACGUGGCAUGGUGUCCAGCAUCCAACACACCUUGGGCAGUGUGCUGGUGUCGUUUGUCAACAGGCCCAUGGUUGUCCUGGAGCCAACGCUCGAGCCAGCCGUGAUUGCCUGGGGGCCCCAGCAGCAGCAAGUGUCUCGUUUCCACUUUGACGGCAGAACGCUGGCAACAGUGGGUUCUGAAGUUCUUGAGGUUUGGCACCCAAAGUGCAAGACUGGAAUCGUGUGACCAGAAAUGGAACGUGCGCUGUGAUAACAAUAUGCAGCUUUUUUUGCAGCUCAUUGCAAGAACCCCCUGACAUGAAGUUCAAGAAAAUUGCAGGCGUAAUAGUUGUGGAAGCCCCAGUAAAUGAUCAUCUGAUGCAUGCGCUGUUGUACUCACGCACUUGAAUUUCAGGUGAUGCGAUUAAUCUUUAUUUCCAAUUUAUCAUCAAAUUUAAUUGUUUAGAAGACUUCAGCAGAUUUCUGUGCAGUUGAAACUUUGAUGUCAAUGUUUUUUAUCCAAUAAUGACUUGUGUGCUUAGGCCAGCCCGAACAUUAUUUUGAUAGUGAAGCAUGAGCAAUAAUGCGGGUGGCUUGUUUCACGAAGCAAGGACUAAAAGGAUGCCGGUGCUACUGUAAUAUUUUUGUAUAGCAGUAAUUCGAGCCUCUUUCAUGUUCCAGCAAUGCAAAGUUGUGCCUUGUGCACACGCCUUGUCGCUUUUAGUGUAUAAUACUUCAUAUCAUAUAUUUGGCUCAUCUGUCAAGGCAUUUAAUGAAUGCAGACACUCUUUUGCUGUUGUCAAGAGUGCCCAGCCUGUUACGAUAAAGGCUAUAUACUGUUUACCUGUAAUACAUAUAUAAUUACUUGUAAUUAGGUUAUAAUUACAAGAGACUAACUUAUUUGUAAUACUUAUCUAUGUGUACAUCUUCCUUAUGAAAUAAGGGUGAGACUCAUUUUGACGUUUGUAUAUUUAUAAUUAAAAAAUCUUUUCGGUGA